UCUUCCCUUCUUUCCAAAAAUUUCCAGCAAUCAUGCCCUUCACCAGCCUGGCGCUGGUCGUCCCCUCUCAACACGUCAAAACAGUCAAAACCGCACUGGAAGAGCAAGGAAACCUAGACCGCGGGCGCAAGAUCAGCCCAUACCAAGAUGGCGGAAGCAGCGCAGCUGAGAAGAAGUUCCUCGUGCCCGUGGCCACCGACGACCACGGCGCAGCAUCCAACGGCAACGAAGCGACGACGACGCCAACGUCGUCAGCACCAGAAGCCGUCAAAGCCGCGCUGCUACAGCACCUGGGCCAAGAGAUCCUCGACCGCGUCGCUGUCAUCGAACUCCAAGAGGACGCGGGCACCAACACGCCUCCCCGCGCCAGGAAAGAUGUCAACCCGCUGCAAGCGGCAGCGCGGAAAUGGCUGCAAUCACAAUCACAAGAACAACUGCUCUCGUCCCUAAACCCCCACAUCAACAUCGACGACCUCGUCAACGCCCUCCCCCCAACCUACUCCGUGUACCCGCCGCUGCUCCUCCUCCCCGCCACCACCUUCGCCGCGCCGCCCUGGCGCGCCCUCCUGAGCGCCCUCUCCCCCGCCCACACCAGCGAGCUGUACGCCGCGCUCGCGCACGCCCUGCACGCGACCCACGUCGCUGUCAACGCGCCCAUCGCUGCGCAGACACCCGCUCCUUCUUCAGCAGCUGAUGGCUCCGCUGCCGCUGCCGCUGCCGCUGCCGCGCCCAACAUCCUCCGCAGCCCGAGCGGCCUGCGCCCGCUUCUGGGAGACUUUGGCUUGGGCAGUAAUGGCACGGCGUCGUCGCCCCAGCAACAUCCCACGCCCGCGCACUUCGCCGCCGCGUUCUGGGUCCGCGCGCGCCAGAACGGCAUCGUGCAGGCGUGGGCGCCCGUGCACACCAUGUUCAGCCGGGGCAACGUGAAGGAGAAGGCGCGGGUGCUUGGCGACGCAACAGCCGUCGACCUCUAUGCCGGGAUCGGGUAUUUUUCGUUUUCGUACCGGCGCGCCGGCGUGCGCAAGGUGCUGGGGUGGGAGCUCAAUCCGUGGAGCGUGGAGGGGCUGAGGCGGGGGGCGGGGGCGAACGGGUGGGGCGUUAGGGUCGUGGAUGAGGAGGCUGAGGGGCGGGAGGGUGCGGGUGGUGACUUCCUCGUCUUCCGCGAAUCCAACGUCCACGCCCUCGACCGCAUCCGCGCCUUGCGCGCCUCGCUGCCCCCCAUCCGCCACGUCAACUGCGGGCUGCUGCCGACGUCGCGGGGCAGCUGGACCACGGCGGUCGAGGCGGUCGAUCCUGGUUUAGGGGGGUGGGUGCACUUGCACGAGAACUUUGGCGUUGGGGAGAUCGAGCAGAAGGCCGGGGAGACGGUGGCGGAGGUGCGGAGGCUCGUGGGGGUGCUUGCGGAGAGCCGGGGAGGAAGUCCUGAAUGUGUACAGGACGUGGCGUUGCUCCAUGUCGAGCGCGUCAAGACGUAUGCCCCCGGCGUCGUGCAUUGCGUUUUGGAUAUUUUUGUCCCGCCUACGGCGCUGCCCGUGGCGUCUAUGUAG